UUCCUCUGUUGGUGUCGUCGGUCCGAGGUUUCCCCUCGCCGCCUCCGUGGCUCAGAUUUGCACAAGCUGUCGUUCUGUCUUCAGCCACGCCGCUGCAUGUCGACAUGGGCUUCCGGCUGACCGUCAGCAGAGCUCGGCGCGCGACAAGGACGAUGUGGCUGCUCGUGCUCGUGAGCUGCUGUGUUGGCGUCUGCGUGUGCCGAGCAUCUUCGGCUCCGGAUGAGAGCAGCAGCGCGAUGGAGAACAUCGUGACAGAGAAGAAGGCUGAGGAGAGCCACCGACAGGACAGCGCCGACCUCCUCAUCUUCAUCCUGCUUCUGACGUUAACCAUCCUCACCAUCUGGCUGUUCAAACACCGACGCUUCAGGUUCCUGCACGAGACCGGGCUGGCGAUGAUUUACGGUUUACUUGUUGGCGUGGUCCUGCGCUACGGCAUCCACGUCCCCCGGGACGUCAGUAACGUCACCCUGAGCUGCCAUGUCAACGCAAGCCCUGCGACCAUUCUCGUAAACGUCAGCGGCAAGUUCUACGAAUACACUCUGAAAGGGGAAAUAAGUGCCAACGAGGUGGACAACGUCCAAGACAAUGAAAUGCUGAGAAAGGUGACCUUCGACCCGGAAGUAUUUUUCAAUAUUCUUUUACCUCCUAUCAUCUUCCACGCUGGCUACAGCCUGAAAAGGAGACAUUUCUUCAGAAACAUGGGCUCCAUCCUGGCCUAUGCUUUCUUGGGCACAGUUAUUUCCUGUUUUGUCAUUGGGUUGUUGAUGUACGGCUGCGUGACCCUAAUGAAGCACAUGAGUCAGCUGAGUGGAGACUUCUUUUUCACAGACUGCCUUUUUUUCGGUGCCAUCGUCUCUGCCACAGACCCAGUGACAGUCCUCGCCAUUUUCAAUGAGCUGCAGGUCGACGUGGACUUGUACGCGCUGCUGUUCGGGGAGAGCGUGCUCAACGAUGCCGUGGCUGUCGUUCUGUCAUCUUCUAUCGUAGCGUACCAGCCAGAGGGAGACAACAGCCACACCUUCGAGGCCAUGGCUCUGCUGAAAUCAUUCGGGAUGUUCCUCGGAGUCUUCAGCGGCUCCUUUUCUCUGGGAGUGGCCACCGGAGUCGUCACCGCUCUUGUGACCAAGUUCACCAAGCUGAGAGAUUUCCAGCUGCUGGAGACGGCGCUCUUCUUCCUCAUGUCUUGGAGCACGUUCCUUCUGGCAGAGGCCUGUGGUUUCACAGGUGUUGUGGCUGUGCUGUUUUGUGGAAUCACCCAGGCACAUUACACCUUCAAUAACCUGUCACCAGAGUCGCAGGACAGGACCAAGCAGCUCUUCGAGCUGCUGAAUUUCUUGGCGGAGAACUUCAUCUUCUCCUACAUGGGCCUGACUCUCUUCACUUUCCAGAACCACGUCUUUGACCCCAUGUUCAUCGUCGGUGCUUUUCUGGCUGUGUUCCUGGGGCGAGCGGCCAACAUCUACCCGCUCUCUUUCCUCCUCAAUCUGGGAAGAAGGAACAAGAUCAGAUCCAACUUCCAGCACAUGAUGAUGUUUGCAGGGCUCCGAGGGGCGAUGACCUUUGCUCUGUCCAUCAGGGAUACAGCCACAUACGCCCGACAGAUGAUGUUCACCACCACUCUGCUCAUCGUCUUCUUCACGGUGUGGUUCUGCGGAGGCGGCACGACCCAGAUGUUGUCCUGCCAGCGCAUCCGAGUGGGUGUGGACUCAGACCAAGAUAAUUCUAUGAGCGUCACCGAAGGGCCCGAGAGGCGAAGCACCAAGCAAGAAAGCGCCUGGCUUUUUAGAAUUUGGUACAACUUCGACCACAACUACCUGAAGCCCAUCCUUACCCACAGCGGACCCCCACUGACUGCCACACUGCCUCCGUGUUGUGGGCCCCUGGCUCGCUUCCUCACCAGCCCGCAGGCCUAUGAGAACGAGUGCCAGCUGAAGGACGACGACUCGGACCUGAUCCUAACCGACGGGGACAUCAACCUGACCUACGGCGACAUCACGGUCAGCACAGACGCCAGCGGCGCCCACACCAGCAGCGCCAUCUCCUUUUCCGGAGCCAACUCGGAGGACGUGGACAAAGAGCUGACGUACGGAGACCACGAGUUGGUCAUGAGGGGCACGCGUCUGGUGCUGCCGAUGGACGACUCUGAGCCCCCCUUUACAGACCCCCAGCAGCGCCUACGGAUGUGAAGACCAUCCUCACGGUGCCGAUACAAGACAACCGCCCAACUCCUACUGAACCGAGCCACUGAACUAAAGACCCAAAUCGGACUUCUCUCAUCACGCCGACACUAUUUUCUUACUCUUUUGCACUUUGCCUCAUUGUUAUCGAUUAUUUCCGACACUAUUACAUUCUCUUACUUCCUCUAGUGUCAAAUCACUGUUGCUACCUCAUUUCAUGUUCUGCCUCUUGAGCUCCUCCUCACCCAUUAAUACCAUUGGAUAUUGAAAAACGGGGGCAAAUGAAUCCGAUUUAUCAUCUCUGAUGUCAAAAAAAUGAUACUACCGACGUAGAAUUGAGAACAAAACACUCUGCAGCGCUGGAAAUCUGAGCGCUGCUGGCAACUAUAGCAUGGUUGACUCCAGCUCUGCUGAACAGAAAGUUUUCCAUGUGUGAGCUUCAAACUGAAAGCAGUUGAAGUUGAUAAGUCGCAAGAGCAUCCAUAAGAAGAAGCUAUUUUUUUAUGGCAAUGACUAUCUUUUGCUCCACUUUCCUUCUCAUUCAAACUUAUAUUUGAAAGUGAAAUGUUCAGAUUUUAAUUUACAUUCAUUGAUGCAAAUGAAUCGACCCCCAAACAAAUAUUCAGCGGUGUCCUCACACCAUGACUGGAACACUCUGGUUUAUUUAUUGUCAGGGAUUUCUUUGGUUGGCCUGAGCAGCAUGUGUUGCCGAGUGAAUGCAAGGCACCAACCCUUCAGCUGAUCCAUCGCUGUAUCACUUUGAUAUGCAUGAGCAGGAUGUUUGAUUUAUUUGUAGAAGGUGUCGAGGGCUUUUGUGAUUUGGGUCUGACCUUGAAUGUCGCUGCCUUCUGUUGCUGCCGGGAAGGCUUGUCGUGGUUUUUAACAAAGUGCCUGUGAGUUGUUGAGCAACCUAAAACAAAAACUCCGCAUGUUAGUGUUGACUCUGUCAGUUCGCGGGUCAGACCAUUACGGCACCUGGGCUCCUGCAGUAGCAAUAUACUCUCUUUGGGUUGUCAGCUUGUGUUUUGCUGUAAAUAGUGUAAAAACGUGAGGCUUGUUUGAGCAGUGGAAGAGUGGAGUGUCACCUGUUGACCUUUGACUGUGACGUGCAAAGACGUUUAACCAGACAAUGAUGUUGCUCAGAGACAAAUUUCAAGGCUGCGACUCUCAGAUGAGUUUCAACUUAAAGCUGAGUGCCAGCGACAUUCGCUGGAAAUUGAAUGCCGGUAUCCCUGAAGCGUAGCUCGUGUUUAAAUGAUCCCAUCAUUGAACUUUAUUUCCCACAGAUUGAACAGCAGAAUUGGGUGUUUCAUUCUAUAAUAACAUAUAGUGAGAUGGCAGUGGAGCCCAGCUGAUGAGAGUUUAAUGGUUUUGCUGGCUGAUGCUCAUAGGGAAGCAGCUGUUUAUAUUGCCGCGCUGCUUCACACCAUCAUUAGAAAACAAAAUGGGGAGCCUUCUAAUGUUGUAGAAGGCUGUGGACAUGGAGGUUAUUUUGGGGUUUGUAAAAGCAGAGCGAGUGAUUUAGUGAUCUCCACUGUGGCUCCUCAGCUGCAGCUGUUACAGGAAGUGAUGAUAGGCCUUCGCCAUGGCGACACAGUGUUGUGUUGUGAACAGUAGCCAGAAGCAGGAACAGUUGUCCUUUGUGUGUGUGAGUGUGUGUGUUUGUGCAGUCGCACGAGGUCGAUGGAGACGUUGCAGAGGUGGAGGGGAGAGGUGACUCGUCCACUUCCACACUUUUCUUCUGCUGUGCAGGAACCUUAGUGUUUGAAUUCUUUGUCUCUUCGCAGCGGGAACAGAAUAUGAAUAUUGGAGCUUCAUUUGUUUUUAUCACAUUAUUUCCCCCAUUAUUUUCUCUGCAUUUUGUUUGACCAUCAAGGUGUGGCUCUCUUGACACCUACCACCCAAAUAUUACAGCCAGAUUACUGUGUUGACAUGUGGGAACAGCAGAGGUAAAAUACAGCAAAAUAGUCCCGGUUUGUUGAUGUGUUAUUCGUGCUGUUGCUGGACUCCUGGCCUCAAAUAUUGCUCAGCAUAAUUGCAAGUUUCAUAUUGAAGCAUUGAGCUUCAAUAUUCCAGCGUAACUUCAGUUCUUUCUUUGACCCUGACAUGACUGUUGCUCAUUCAUAUCUUUUGUAUUGUGUUAUCCAUGUAAAUAUCUAGACAUAUGGGUUGAACUUUUAUGAACCAUUGGAGAAUGCCAUGUUCAGUGUGUUACAUUUAAACAAUUUUGUACCCAAAAACCCAAUUUCCAUUCAUUUGAGUCCUAAGAUGUCAUUUGCAUGAUUGAUAUUUUUGUUGCAAAUUGUUCCACACAAGCAAAUUGUGUUUCAUAAAACAUUGCUAGUAUGUUUCCAUGGAUUAUCAUGGGGAUGUAAAAAGUGAAGUUAUGGUCAAUUCAUGACGUAAUGCAGCGUUUCCAACCUUUUUGUUGAGUAUCCGAAUACUCUCUUUUAUUUGCUGCCUUUCUUAAGAUGAUUUAAACUUGUGUUUAUUUGCCUUUGUUGGCUACCAACAGCCUUUUUUUUUUUUACUCUUGUUGUGACAAUUCCCACAGAGCAGCGGAGGACGAUUAAAUAUAGUGCCAUAAAGUGAAGCCUGCAAAUCUCCCUGUCUCUUCGAUGAACUUGUAGUCGAUGCUUGGUGUCGCUGACCAAAGAGGCCCCGCUGCACUCUGUGUUUUCAGACAAUACUCUUGUCCAUGGACGACUGGUGAGGUGUGUGUGUGUGAGUCAGAGGGUGGGCGUGUGCAGGGACCGACUGUUUACAUCGGUUUAAAUAUACUCUCACCUGUUCCUGUUUGU